CUCGCUAGUGGGCGCAGUGCCGCAGCGCUCGCCCGGGUGGCCGCUCGCUGCCGCGGGCCGCACCUCUGCUGCGACCGAACGCUGCACGGUUGCGGGCGCCGCGGCUGCGCGCCCAGAGCUCCGCCACCCUGAGGCGCGUGGCAUGGGAUAACGCGGCCAUGGUGCGCCGAGAUCGACUCCGCAGGAUGAGGGAGUGGUGGGUCCAGGUCGGGCUGCUGGCUGUGCCCCUGCUGGCCGCGUACCUGCACAUCCCACCCCCUCAGCUCUCUCCUGCUCUGCACUCCUGGAAGACCAAUGGCAAGUUUUUUACCUACAAGGGACUGCGCAUCUUCUAUCAAGACUCCGUGGGUGUGGUUGGAAGUCCUGAGAUAGUUGUGCUUUUACAUGGCUUUCCAACAUCCAGCUACGAUUGGUACAAGAUAUGGGAAGGUCUGACCCUCAGGUUUCAUCGAGUGAUUGCACUUGAUUUCUUAGGCUUUGGCUUCAGUGACAAACCGAGACCACAUCACUACUCCAUCUUUGAGCAGGCCAGCAUUGUUGAGGCACUUUUGCGGCAUCUGGGGCUCCAGAACCGCAGGAUCAACCUGUUGUCUCAUGAUUAUGGAGAUAUCGUUGCUCAGGAGCUGCUGUACAGGUACAAGCAGAAUCGAUCUGGCCGACUUACCAUAAAGAGUCUCUGUCUGUCCAAUGGAGGUAUCUUUCCUGAGACUCAUCGGCCUCUUCUUCUUCAAAAGCUACUCAAAGAUGGAGGCAUACUGUCACCCAUCCUUACGCGGCUGAUGAACUUCUUUGUGUUCUCUCGAGGUCUCACCCCUGUCUUCGGACCAUACACUCGACCCUCUGAGAGUGAGCUGUGGGACAUGUGGGCUGGAAUCCGCAACAACGAUGGGAACCUGGUCAUCGACAGUCUCUUGCAGUACAUUAAUCAGAGGAAAAAGUUUAGAAGACGCUGGGUGGGAGCACUUGCCUCUGUAACGAUUCCCAUUCAUUUUAUCUAUGGGCCACUGGAUCCUAUAAAUCCCUACCCAGAGUUUUUGGAGCUGUACAGGAAAACGCUGCCGCGGUCCACAGUGUCGAUUCUGGAUGACCACAUUAGCCACUACCCACAGCUAGAGGAUCCCAUGGGCUUCUUGAAUGCAUAUAUGGGCUUCAUCAACUCCUUCUGAGCUGGAAAGAGUAGCUUCCCCGUAUUACCUCCCCCAUUUCCCUUACUUGUUGUGUAUUCCACUUAGGAAGAAAUGCCCAAAAGAGGUCCUGGAAACCAAACACCAUUCUCUUAACAAAAGUCCACUUUACUCACAUUGCUGAGCAGAAUAUAGAAAAAGGCAGCAAAAGCUCCAAGUAAGAGUGACAUAGUAGUCCACCUCAGUCCUCUGACAUCUGAUCAAGUGGACUUGCCUUUGUGUUAUUAGGAAAUUCUGGUCUGCAUUACUUCUUACUGAUGCAGGAAGAUAGGCAUUAGACAUCACUUUGCAUAAAAGACUUUUAAUACUCCUGUGGAUUUUUCUGAAAUUUAGAUAUGGGAAUUUCUGUCUUGAUCCCAAGUGAAAUCCCACAGUAAAGAAUGAGAAGGGAUUGUUUACCUCUCCUAACAUGGCUUUAAGAGCACAUAGUUUUUUUUUUUUUUUUUAAGUUCUCUAAGUAACAUUGCUUAAGUGAGUGUGAAUCUGUUGUCUUAACUGUGGAUUUAGUUUCAUCAGCUAUUUUAAUUGUGGAUGUUUUGUUAAAAUAGAUACUAGUCUAAAUAAUGUAGUACCAUAAUUAUACCUUAAGACAAUGAUUUGCCCACACAUGUAUAUGUUUUAUAAGAAUGCUAAACCAGCAGACCCUUCCCCUGCCAGAGUAGUAAACCUAAUUAAGAGUGGUAACGUCUGAAUAAAUUGAACUACAUCCAAAUUAUUUACAGAAUUUCCUAAAAUCACAGGACAUUAAGGACCAAUUGCAUCUGUGCCAGAUAUUUACCGCUACUAGCUGGAAAGCCAAUAAUAAUGUGACUCCUCAUACCUCAGUGCUUAGAAGCAUGUCCCUCUGGAGUGAAAGGGGAGGGAAAGGGACUUGUUACAGAGCAGAUUAUUGUGCUGAACGUACACUGACUUGUGGUGAUGUUUAGCUCCCUAUUGUCUGUCCUAGAGAGGCUUCCUCACACAGCUCAGCAACUCCUACACCUUACAGAUGGCAAAGUUCCUAGACACUUUCACAACAAAUUUUGAAAGACCCUGAGCAAAUGGUGCUGAACACUCUUUUUUAAGCCACAGUCUCAUUGUCUUAGUAGAAAAAGAAUUAAGUGAUUAAAUUCUUUUUUUUUUAAUUUUAGGAUUAGGAACUUCAAGUAUAACAACUUUGAAACUGGAAUAAGUGUUUAUUUUCUAUUAAUAAAAAUGAAUUACGAUAAAGUGGA